CCACCUCUAACCCCCCUCAUCUCCUCAGCUUUCUCUCACAGCUGCUGUAGUUAGUUAGCCUGUUAGCCAAACAAGGCGAUGUGUGUGAGAAUAAAGUGUUACCUGUCGGUUAAACUGGAAUAAACGAGGCAGAAUGAGCUGGAUACCAUUCAAGAUUGGACAACCAAAGAAACAGAUUGUUUCGAAAACGGUUGAAAGGGACUUUGAGCGGGAAUAUGAGAAGCUCCAGAAGUUGGAAGACCAGACGAAGAAGCUGCACAAAGACAUGAAGAAAAGCACAGAAGCUGAUAUAGCCAUGUCUAAAGCAGCGGUGAAGAUCUCUGGGGACUUGCUGAGUAACCCGCUGUGUGAGCAGGACCAAGCCUUCCUGGAGUCCAUGACUGCUCUGGAUACGGCCAUGAAGCGCAUGGAUGCAUUUAACCAGGAGAAGGUCAAUCAGAUUCAGAAGACUGUGAUUGACCCUCUGAAAAAGUACAGCAGUGUGUUCCCAAGUCUAAACAUGGCGGUGAAGCGGAGGGAGCAGGCUCUGCAGGACUACAAGAGACUGCAGGCUAAAGUGGAGAAAUAUGAAGAAAAGGAGAAGACGGGACCAAUCAUGGUCAAACUCCAUCAGGCGCGAGAGGAGUUGAGGCCGGUCAAGGAAGAUUUUGAAGCCAAGAAUAAGCAGCUAUUGGAGGAGAUGCCCAAAUUCUACAACAGCCGAAUCGACUACUUUCAGCCCAGCUUCGAGGCACUCAUUCGAGCACAGGUUGUGUAUUUUACAGAGAUGCACAAGAUCUUCAGUGAGCUGACUGAUCAGAUAGAUGAAGGUGGUCUGACGGACGAACAGAGGGAGCAGCAGAAUGAGGCCAAGCUAAACGAGUUGAGAGCUCUGUCCAUCGUAGCAGACGACUGAGAAACACCACAAACAAAAGCUCAGUUUCUGUUUCUUUUACUGUUCCCCUUUUCAGACGUUCUGAAGAAUCCAGUAGAAUUGAACCUUCAACUUCCAUCAACACAGUAACUGCAGAAUAUUUUAUUUAAACUUCUCAUAAUUCAUCUGCUGUAGGAUAAUAAUAUUUUUAGUUCCAGUAACAUUUUAUAUUUUACAUCCAACAGUUAAUACAAAACUUUAACUUUAAACACAAUGCAGAAAACCAAGAACUGAGACAGAAGUAGUUCUGGAAACUGUAAUAUUUACUAUUAUUGUCUUACAGAAAAGUAAAAUUGAGGACCCUCUGAGUGCAUCUCUGGAAUAGUGUAUAUUCAUUUUAGUUAAUAAAUAUUUAAAAGGGCUUGUUUUCCACCAUUUUCUCUGAAUUACGUGUCAACUGUAGGUAAGUGAGGGUCUGGAAGGAUACAUCGGUUGCGUCUUUAAAACGCUCAAACUGUAGCCUGAAUUUCUCUCUUCUGUGACGAAGCGUCUGAGAAAAACACAGCUCACCUCGUCUGCAGUCUAGACUUUGGAACACAGCUUGUGUUUUUUAAUCCUGGUCGUUUCUCUUCUCCAAACACACCUGUUUCAACCAAUCAGGGGUCUGUUAAAGCAGGAAAAACACUAAAAUGUACAGAGCCGGACCAGGUUUAAAAAACACUGAAGUGCACAGGCUUUAUAUCCCCAUAAGAAUAAAAGGACCGUGAAUGUUACAAAAGUUUGAAGAGAAACAGAAACUUAAUCCACUGCAGGAAUGAAGUCUGUAUUGAAGUUUUGGAUUUUCCAGCUGCUCUGUUAGUUAUUUCAGCUGAAGCCUCUUGUUCAUGAAGUUCUAGUUCAUAAGCGCACACAGUGUGUGAGUGAUGCUGUAGCGCCCUCUACUGUCAGAAACACAGUACUCUCUCUCUCUUAAACUUUAGGAACCCAGCUGGGUUUAUUAUUUGUUUGUAUUUAAAAUAUAAGUUGUGUUUAUUUUGUGUUUAUUUUUCCUUUUUAAUGUUAUUAUUUGAACUGCAUUCAGCCAUAAUUAGGCCUGUCAUGAUAAUGGUUUUGGAGGAUAUAUUGUCCCAUUAAGUGAAAUUUCCUUAUUCAUAACACUGAUGUAUAAAAGUAAAUUGUUCUUACACUCUUUUAAACAGUAAUGAACAUUUAAUUAUUAAGAAUAUUACACUAUUGCAAUAUGUGAAAUAUAUACAGCUCUGGAAUAAAAUAAGAGACCAUUAAAAAUUAUUGAAAACCUCUGGAAUAUAAUCAAGAGGAAGAUGGAUGAUCACAAGCCAUCAAACCAAACUGAACUGCUUGAUUUUUGCACCAGGAGUAGAAUAAAGUUAUCCAAAAGCAGUGUGUAAGACUGGUGGAGGAGAACAUGCCAAGAUGCAUGAAAACUGUGAUUAAAAUCAGGGUUAUUCCACCAAAUAUUGAUUUCUGAUCUCUUAAAAGUUUAUGAAUAUGAACUUGUUUUCUUUGUAUUAUUUGAGGUCUGAAAGCUCUGCAUCUUUUUUUGCAUUCUUUUUUUUUUUUUUUAGCUAUUACUAAUUUUCUGCAAAUAAAUGCUCUAAAUGACAAUAUUUUUAUUUGGAAUUUGAGAGAAAUGUUGUUCGUAGUUUAUAGAAUAAAACAACAAUGUUAAUUUUACUCAAACAUAUAUGUAUAAAUAGCAAAAUUAGAGAAACUGAUUCAGAAAAUGAAGUGGUCUCUUAUUUUUUCCAGAGCUGUACAGAUAUUUUAAUUAAUUUACAGUAAUUAAAUGUAUUCUUGGUCAUCAGAAAUGUUUGAGGUCAGGGCCUUUAUUGUACUGUAUUUUAAUAAAGUAAUUAUUGUGACAGGUCUAGCCAUAACCCAGUGUUCAUCUUUAGGACCAAUCAGACAAGCAAGUGCUCCUUCAUCCUCAUCGUCUUCCUCUUGUUUGUACAUGUAAUAAGAAAUGAUUCCACAAGUUUUUGCCAAAGUAAAGGCAGAUCGGGACAAUCGCCAAACGUAAGGGUUUUUACUCUAAAGCUUCUUGAACAUUAUUGGAGCGCUGUUUAAUGUUUGAGUCUACAGUCUGUAAAACUGAUGUGCCUUUAGCAGUGAUUGUUGACUGAUUGGUUCUGCCUCAGGGCUUGAUAAAGUCUGUAAAAGGAGAAAUCCUCACAUUCAGAUUGAAAUGUUUUGCUCGGUUCUAGUUUUGAUAUGUAAAGCGACUUAUUCAGAGCAGGUUUAUUGGUGUGAAAUUUGCUCAGCAGUUGCUUAUUAUCUGGUUUCUCAUUUUAAACACAAACCAAAUAAAGCGACAAUUUUAUAUAAAAAUUAAAGACGUGCAAAGUGAGUUAAAAAGUGAUUAUUUAUGUUUCUACAGAAAAUGGUUAAAUCAACAACAUAGCAUUUUUCUCGGUUAUCUUUCAGACACACUUGUUUGCUUGAUGUUUAUUAGAUGACUGAUGAUGUUUUGACUACUAAAUGUCCACUAGAUGUCGCUGUGGUGCUGUGAUUCAAAUUAUUCACCUGAAUCUUUUUCAUUUUCUCCAAUCUGUUAUAUUCCAGCUAAUGCCAUCAGUUAUUUACUAUUUAAAAGCACCGGGGCAUUAACAGCUGAGGUUAAUUUAUGUAAAAUGUUGGGGGUGUUAAGGCCUUGUUUGGAGGCUAUUUUCUCUCCAGAACUGAGCAUUUUCACAAAAACCUUAGCUGAAUAAAUCUUAUUUACUUAAAUGUCUUAAUUUCUCUAUUUAUGCUAAAACAUUGAUGAUAAUCUCUCACUCAUCUGUCCUUUGUUUUUAUUUUACUUGUUUCUCUACUUUGGUACAGCAGCCUUCUCUGCUUCUCUUGUGUGUUGAUUGUAAUCUCUGUUGGAAUCUUGUUAAAUACCUUAAAACUCAUUUGUUUUUGGUCAUUUUAUAUUUAUUUGUCGUGUGAAGUCAUGAAAACAACAAACUGAUUGUAGAAGACACUGGAAAUGUUCAACUUGGACCAUUUAUUCAACACAGAAUAAAAGUGU